UUCACGGUUUCACCAACCGAAAGGGCAUUCUCGUCCAUAUAAUUUUUCCACGUGCCAACGCCGCCUAACGCAGAUCUCGAAUUCUGUCUCGCUCGCUUCCUCUCCCAUCUCCUUGACUUGACGAGAUCGUUCCCCAUCGAACCAGACUAUACCAGACCAAACCAGGACCAGUCAUGGGCGUGCCGGCGUUUUACAGGUGGCUCGCAGACCGGUAUCCACUAGCCAUUGUCGAUGUAGUUGAAGAAGAACCUAAAGAAGAUGCCAAUGGCGUCUCUAUCCCUAUUGAUGUCUCAAGACCUAACCCUAACGGCGUUGAGUUCGAUAACUUGUAUUUGGAUAUGAAUGGUAUAAUUCAUCCUUGUUUCCAUCCAGAAGGGAAGCCUGCGCCUCCAACUUAUGAUGUUGUCUUCAAAUCAAUAUUUGAUUAUAUUGACCAUAUUUUCUCAUUGGUUCGCCCGAGGAAGCUUCUAUACUUAGCAAUUGAUGGGGUUGCACCUAGAGCUAAAAUGAAUCAGCAACGGUCUCGACGCUUUAGAGCGGCAAAAGAUGCUGCUGAAGCAGAAGCUGAGGAAGAAAGAUUGAGAAAAGAAUUUGAGGCGGAGGGGAAGCUCUUAUCUGCUAAAGAAAAACCUGAAACAUCUGACUCUAAUGUCAUCACUCCUGGCACUCAAUUUAUGGCAGUGCUAUCAGCUGCACUUCAAUAUUAUAUUCAGAUGAGAUUAAACCACAACCCAGGCUGGCGGUAUACGAAGGUUAUUCUUUCUGAUGCGAAUGUUCCUGGUGAGGGAGAGCACAAAAUCAUGACAUAUAUAAGAUUACAACGUAAUAUUCCCGGUUUCAAUCCAAACACACGGCAUUGUCUAUAUGGUCUGGAUGCAGAUUUGAUUAUGCUGUCUUUAGCAACACAUGAAAUUCAUUUUUCAAUAUUGAGAGAGAUGGUCACGUUUCCUGGGCAACAAGAGAAGUGUUUUAGCUGUGGUCAAACUGGCCAUCUUGCAGCUGAGUGUCAUGCUAAGCAAGGAGAUAAUGCUUUGGAUUGGAAUGUAGUGGAUGAUAGCCCAAUUCACAAGAAGAAAUAUCAGUUCCUUAACAUCUGGGUGUUGCGAGAGUAUUUGCAAUAUGAGUUGGCAAUUCCAAGUCCUCCAUUUGAGAUAAACUUUGAACGGAUAGUGGAUGACUUUGUGUUUAUGUGUUUCUUUGUUGGCAAUGACUUUCUUCCCCACAUGCCAACGUUGGAAAUCAGGGAGGGUGCUAUAAAUUUGUUGAUGCAUGUAUACAGAAAAGAGUUCUCUGCGAUGGGUGGUUAUCUUACUGAUGCGGGUGAGGUUAAUCUAGAUAAGGUAGAACAUUUUAUCCAGUCAGUUGCGAUUUAUGAAGAACAAAUCUUUCAGAAAAGGACUCGUAUACAGCAGGCAUUGGAAAAUUAUGAGGAGAUGAAAAUCAAAGCAAGAAAGGAGUCCUCUGAAGAGAUACCAGCACCAGUUGCAGAUAAGGUUAAAUUAGGGGAACCUGGUUACAAAGAAAGAUAUUAUGCUGAGAAAUUUGAGUUAUCAAAGCCAGAUGAAAUUGAUAGAGUUAGAGAAGAUGUUAUUUUGAACUACGUGGAGGGUUUGUGUUGGGUCUGCCACUAUUACUACCAGGGUGUUCGCUCUUGGCGAUGGUUUUAUCCGUACCAUUAUGCUCCAUUUGCCUCUGAUCUCAAGGGCCUUACUGACCUGGAAAUAACUUUCUUUCCGGGAGAGCCGUUUAAACCCUUUGAUCAGCUAAUGGGAACCCUACCAGCUGCCAGUUCUAAUGCUUUGCCGGAAGAAUACAGGAAAUUGAUGACUGAUCCAUCAUCACCAAUAUAUAAAUUUUUCCCCUCAGAUUUUGAGAUUGACAUGAAUGGCAAACGCUUUUCUUGGCAGGGUGUUGCCAAAUUGCCAUUCAUUGAUGAGCGGAAAUUACUUUCCCAGACCAAGAAACUAGAAAGCUCUUUAACGGAAGAAGAGAGAGUCCGAAAUAGCAAGAUGCAUGAUUUGCUAUAUGUCCAUCUUGCUCAUCCUCUGGCGGCAAAAAUCACAGCAUACUAUCAGGCUAACAUUUUGUUACGCCCUUUUGAAAGAUUUUGUUGGGAAAUAGACACAAAUGCCAGUUCUGGGAUGAAUGGAUAUCUUUGGUUAGACGAGAGGAAUGUCUGGAGAAGUGUGGUCCCUUCCCCUGUCAAUGGGCUGCCAGACAUAGUGCAUAACCAAGUUUUAAACAUCACAUAUCUUGCUCCUAAAGAUCAUAUACACAUCCCUGAACUUCCCAGUGGCGUGGUCAUGCCUGAAAAGAUCUUGAAACCUUUAGAUGUUAAGCCAUUCCCCACAUUAUGGCAUGAAGAUAAUAGUGGUCGGCGCUACCAAGGUCGAGACAGGCCGCAAGUACCUGGAGCAAUAGCAGGUCCUUUAUUGGGAGAGGCAGCUCACCGUCUUGUAAAGACCACGCUUAAUAUCAGAUCAGGUGGUUCAUCUUCUAGAUUUUCUGAGCAAGUGCCAUAUCGUAAUAUCCCUGGAAAUCAUACGUUCAACAGAACUAGGCCAGCUGGACAUUAUUCUGGUCAAGAAAAGGGCUACAUUGAUGACCCGAACUUUUAUUAUGGGCAUCACAAUAACCAGCAAGGCCUAAUAAGUAAUACUAGAUUUCCUCCAUUGUCAAAUGGUGUGACAGGGAAUCGGAACAACUUUAGGAAUCAGGAGAGAGCACAAUACCCUGAACAGUACCGAGACUUGAGGACUGGAAUAUCUGCAUUGACUGUAGAAGAAAAUAAUAGAAGGCCACCUGUAGUUGUGAUGCAGCGCAUGCCAACAUCAGGAUAUGGAUCAAAUUUGCCCAACCAGUUCGAGCAGAACUUGGGUCCACUUCCAUCACCACCCACUAAUUGGAUUGGUAAGGGAGCAGGAGACGCUGAUAUGUACUUUCGACAAGAAGCAGUGCAAAGGAGUGCUAAUGAGAAGCAAGUGAAGCAGGUUUAUCAGAUUAAGACACGGGCAGCACAAGAAACAUCACAUCUAGUCACUCGAGAAGCAUCUGAUCUAAACCAGCAAUAA